AUGCUUACAAAAUUUAAGUCAAGAAUAAAAGACCGACCAUCCAUGGCAGGUUCAACCGGGAAAGGAUUCCCAAAAUUCCUUGCAGAGCCAAGAGAAUCAUUCCCGCAUGGCGUGCUCGUUACCAAUCCCCAGCAAUCCUCACUCGCCCAGCUGACGGCAAAAUGUAUGGAAUAUGUGGAAGAAAAUCUCACACACCAUCCCGCUAUUUUAUUUCGCAAUCUCCCAGCCCAAACCGCGGGGGACUUUUCAAUCAUUGCACGGGAAAUUCCAGGGAAAGCCUUGACUUAUGAGGGAGGGGCUUCUUUUCGCCAAAGAAUUGACGAGAAUAUAGGAACAUACACCGCUAACAACGAUCCAGAUGAGAUAUCGAUAGAUCCACACAACGAAAUGUCGUACAGUAGUGUAUACCCAUCCAAGGUAAACUAUAUUAACAUUCAAGGCAGUUGAAGUUAUCUAAAUAAUCAUCUAUCAUCUAAAUGUACAACGGAAAUAAUAAUUAUUAAACAACAAAAUAAAAAUAAUAAUUAUUAUAAACUAGUACUCAGUAAUAACCAAAGGUUACGGGGUACGGGCGAAAACGAUCGAAGGUCAAAACGCUUUUGCUCAAACGCUGUGGUUUGCAUAAGUUGCGCGCGAUAGAUGGUCAAAACGUGGGUGAUCAGAUUGCGAGUGAUGGAUAGUUCAAAUACGAGUGAUCAAAUUGCGUUCUGUGCAUUCCAUUCAUUCUUAUUGGAAGUGCAAACGAAGGUAUACAUGCGACGCAUGCGUAAUAACAACCUGGAGAUUAGGAUUGCGGGCUCCUCUUGUCGCCCGCAAUUCUGUCUCCACGUAAAAAUAGAGAUAAAAACAAAACUAAAUAAUAAAAUCUACAUCUACAUUUCUUUCUUCGGUAAAAUGUUUUGUUCUCGAUCUCCACCCCCAGGUUUUCUUCUUUUGUGUCAAAGAACCCGCUGAUGGCUGCGGAGGUGAAACACCGCUGGUCAAAAAUAGUGACCUUCUCUCUUCACUGGAUCCUGAUAUCGUGAGGAGAUUUGAAGAGAAACAGCUGCGAUACGUGUGCUAUUUGCCUGAUAAAUCCAACGCAGAAUACAUGAACUGGCAGCACAUUUUUGACACUGACAACAGAGAGGUAAACGAUUUCGUUUUAAAUUCCAUUUCACGGCCGGACGUACAACAAAUGUAUUUUUCUACUCUUAUCUUCUCACGAACAAGGGGGAAAAAUUCGUUAAAGAUGUAAACUUUGCUGUUAAGAGCAUUAACAUAAAGGAAAUAUUUUAAUUCCUAUUAUGACUAGAACAAUUUCGUCUUUUGAGAGAGAGAUUCUUGAGUUCACCACGCAUCAGGCCCAGUCUAAAACGAAGUCAGAACGAAGUGGCUUGCGUGAAUUCAGUGAAAAGAUGUACAAAGGUGUGAUCCAUUGGACAAAAGGGGCAGAAUGGAGAGUCUUCUUUUUUCGUUUGAAACAAUAUACUUUUAGUGCGCAGGAUAUUGUGGAUAAUUUCACACUGAAACAUUGAUAGCUUUUCCUCUAUAGUUACAGGAGUUACCUAAAAUGGCCUUGGAAGCGACAUGCUGGUUAUUGUAACCUGUUUGUUUAACGUUUCUUAGUUUGUAAGCUGUCUUUCACCGUUUGCAUUAUGUAUGUAACUAUAGUUUGUUUUUUAUAAGAAUAUUAUUUAUUGUACUGAAAUGUGAUGCGAGGAAUACUUGAAUACAGUUGAAAAAAAAAGAAGACAACAGAAAGCAGAGUUUGCGAUAGCCUCUCUCGCGCACCUAAAAGUUCGCGAAUGCCCUCAAGGCGCUGCUACUCACUGAAGCGUACUUACGUACAGUCCUGAAACUGACUAGAUUAGCUAUAAGAACCAAAUAGAAUCCAGAAUUCAAUCAAAUAAAUGCAGAAUCCACAGUAGUAAAAGAAAAAUUCAAACAUUUUAACUGCUGCCAAAUUGAGUGAAACAUGAAAAUAACUGCUCAAAACAUUACAAGAAGGUUUAAAUAACAAAGAAAAUACAUAAGAAGGCACUGAGAUAGACAAACUUUGAAGAAGAUUAAAUCGGACUGGAAUUGUAGUUUUUGAAACCUCGUUAGCCUAACAGUUUUUCAAACUUCACGUUUGUUAUGUGUAGUGCUGGAAACAAUGCUUGGAACACAAAAUCAUUUGUUUUACAUUUAGCUGUGAUUUUGUUAGUAACAAGAAGUUUCUUCACUAACGUUGUGUUCCAUAGAAAACAAGGGUCACGCGUAAUUGAAAAUAUUGCAAAAAUGAAUAGCCGUCACGCAGCUCCUUUAAUUUUCAUUUCCUUUUUAUAAAUGUCUCAUAGGUUGUGGAAACCAUAGCAAAAGAGCAAGGCAGGAAUUUCACCUGGGACCCUAGCGGUGAUUUGUACAUAUGGCACAACAGGCCUGCCUUUAUACAUCACCCAGUCACUAGAAAGAAAACUUGGUUCAAUCAAGCUACGACACACCAUGGUUCCUAUUACCGUCUACUGCCGGGAGGAGACAAGAUCCAAGAAAAUAAAUAUCCAUCCCACACAUUUUACGGCGAUGGAAGCGAUAUCGAGCCCGCAGUAAUACAGCACUUACUCGCCACUGGCUGGUCAUGCGCAGUAGGGUUCAAGUGGAGAAAGGGAGACCUCUUGGUGCUCGACAACUUGGCAGUACAACACGGGAGGCUUGGAUUUGAAGGGGACAGAAAGCUUUUGGUCUAUAUGACAAACUGA